GAAUGUUUUGAAACGAACAAACUGAUAAACAGACGGACAGAUCCAUACACACAUACACACACAUAUACACACGCACAUAUAAAUAAAUAUAUAUAUAUAUACGUACAUACAAAAAUGAACAGACUGCUCCAUAAUUUAAUGAAAGUAUAUACCUGUGCAUGUACGCACACACACACACACACACACACGCACACACACACUCACACACACGCACAUACAUACAUACAUACGCACACACACACACACACACGCACAUACAUACAUACAUACAUACAUACACAAUCGUUCAUAAAUGAUAGCAUAAAUGUUGACUGAUAAUCCUAGAAGGGAGUGAUGAAAAAGAAUUGGAUUUUAACGAUAGCUAGAUAAAAGAGAGAAACAU